GUGCCUAUAAAAUAUAAUAUGGAACAAAAACAACGCACAGCACAAAAGGCAGCACCAGUGGCCACCGGUUCCACAGCUGUUGUGAGUGACGAUGAUGAUGAGGACGCUGGACCGCUGGAUGUGAUGAAACUACAGGGCAACAAUAUCAAUCCGCGCGACAUUAAACUGCUGCAACAGGCGAGCCUGCACACCGUCGAAUCGGUGACUUAUGCGACGCGACGUCAACUGUUGAAUAUCAAAGGACUUGGCGAGUCCAAGGUUGAUCAUAUUAUGAAGGAGGCACAGAAGUUGGUGCCGUUGAGCUUUACCAGCGCACGCACCUUCCAUCAAAUGCGCUCCGAAGUAGUAAUGCUGACAACCGGUUCCAAGGAGCUAGACAAGCUGCUGGGCGGCGGCAUUGAGACAGGUUCAAUCACCGAAAUCUUUGGCGAGUUUCGUUGCGGCAAGACGCAGAUUUGUCACACGCUCGCCGUGACAUGUCAGCUGCCUAUUAGUCAGAAUGGUGGUGAGGGCAAAGCUUUGUAUAUUGACACUGAGGGCACUUUUCGCCCAGAGCGUUUGUCCGCGAUUGCACAACGCUAUCACAUGGAGGAGGCGGAUGUGCUAGACAAUGUGGCAUGUGCGCGAGCGCAUAACACGGAUCAACAGACGAAACUGGUACAAAUGGCCGCGGGUAUGAUGUUUGAAUCGAGAUACGCCUUGAUCAUUGUGGAUAGUGCCAUGGCGUUGUAUCGUUCGGAAUAUGUGGGACGAGGCGAGCUUGCUGCUCGCCAAAAUCAUUUGGGCUUAUUUCUACGCAUGCUGCAGCGACUGGCAGAUGAAUUUGGCGUCGCUGUUGUCAUCACCAAUCAGGUGACGGCUCAGGUAGAUGGGGGUGCUUCCAUGUUUCAGGCGGAUGCCAAGAAACCCAUUGGUGGUCACAUUAUGGCGCAUGCUUCAACGACGCGUCUUUAUCUGCGCAAGGGCAAAGGAGAUGCUCGCAUCUGCAAGAUAUACGAUUCGCCUUGCUUACCCGAAUCUGAGGCCAUGUUUGCCAUCUUGCCCGAGGGCAUUGGUGAUGUGAAGGAGAAUGAUUGAUUGAAUAAUAUUAAGCUAUCUUUAAUUAUAUUUUUUUUAUUAUUAUUAGUAACCAUAAAUAAAGUUUUUAUAUUUAUAUUUCCCAAUUUGGAUAACACUGCUGCCAAGAAUUAUACAUUUGUCAUUUUGGUUGUAAGAUUUGAUCACUCUGUACCUUAGAACAUUAUUUUUAUUUUUCUUUAUUUUCUUAACAAGAAACUUGUACAGAAAUUAUGCCAUUUAAAUUUAUACAUCUUGUUUGUUUAUAUAAAUUUUCAUUGAACUUUCGCCAUACAUUUAUUUUCCUAGGAUUGCAGUGUAUUCACAAACACACGUGCAUAUUUAAUGCCUAUACAUGAGUUCCACACAUCGUGCGCAUUCCUGCACAUAAGCUCUUGUACUUAUGUACAUACAUACAUUCUGUGCCAAUUCCAUUUGUUUCAUAACACUAAUGGACCCAGCUGAUUCAGUUUCAAGUCUACGAUUGUAAACAAAAAAGUAAAUUCCAAAGUUUUCUGCAAAUGCAAAACGAAAAUAAUUUGCAAUAUGAUAAAUGCAAUCCAUUAGAACUGAAAAGAGAAUUAAUUAUAAAAGUAGAGGACCAUGACGAUGUGGAAGCAAUUAUUGCGGAAAACCAAGUGGAGGAAAGCCGGCCACUUGAACGUAACAUAAACAGUACGAAUGAUGUCGACCCAUUAUCCAUCAAUAUAAACGAACCAUUGUUCCCCAUAACGGAUAAAAUGCGGCGACGCAUCAAGCUCAUGAAGUUCCGCAUGCUGUUAAAAAUAAAGCUACUAAAGCAGCGACGUCCGAAGGUAGCGGAAGCCUUAAGUGAGUAUCGAAUUGAAUGUUCCCAAACGAUUUAUUUUCAUGAGGUAUACGACAGCAAUAGCUGUGAUUGCAGUGUAUACACAGGCUUCAUAGUAUGGAGUCCAAACAGACAUACACCCACACAUACAUAUACAUAAAUACCCGUACGCUCGCAUCAUUUGCCAAUUCCAUACGUUUCAUAGCACUACCAGCCCUAUUACCACUGCUUCAUUUUCAGUUGCUAGCAAAUAUACAUAUGUAUUUGUUUACUCAAAAAUUGUUUCAAAUGGAAAACGCCGACUACAAUGUGCAAAAUGAUGAAUGUGAUCUAUUGGUAUUAGAAACGGAAUCAUUUAUAGUAAUAGAAUACGGGGACAAUGGGGAAGCUAAUAAUGACGAAGACCAAGUUGAGAAAAACCAGCCACUUGAACGCAGCAACAGCAUAACAAGUGCUGUCGACUCCUUCAUCCAUCAAUUUGAGCGGACCGUUUUUUUCCCAUAACGGAUAAGAUGCGAAUACGAAUUAAGUGCUUGAAGUACCGUAUGAUGAGCAAACUUAAGCUCUCGGGUGAACGGUUAAAGGAGCGACACUGAUGAGCGCGGAAGCCAAUCGUGAUUGGCGUCGAAGAGCCAUAGAAGCGGCUGUUGAUGGAAAGAGGCGGCGUUGAAAAAAGUAAGAAUAAAGAGAAUGAAGAAGGCAAGAAAGCCCCACGCCAGUCAGCGUGAGCGGCGCAUAGUGAGGAAUCGUGAGAGGGACAAAAUAUAUUCAUCAAAGAAGCGAAAAAUUAAAGUGCCCAACAAAGGGCGGCACGUCUGGAGAACCAAGGAAGGAAAAGUAAACUUAAAACUGACAAAUUAUUGUUUUUAUUUGGUUUUAAGUAAUUUAAGAUUACAAUAUUUAUAUUUAAAAUAAAACAACUUUAUAUAUGGUGCAAUAAAAACGAAGUAAACUCCGGAA